AUGGCCUACUUUAUUGAUUAUGUCUGUUUUUUAAAAAAAAAUAAUAAUAAUUUCCCUUUUCUGAAACAGGGAAUUGGCAUACUGCUGUGCGACAAGCAGACUGAUGGCGGUUUCCUUGUACACCAUUUCCUCUCCUUCUAUCUCAAAGGAGGUUGCAAAGUGUGUUUUCUCGGCUUACAGCAGUCCUUCAACCAUUACAACCUCGUUGCUCAAAAGCUGGGGGUGAAUCUGUCUGCGGCCAAAGAGAAGGGGCAGCUGGUGUUUUUCGAAGGUCUCCGCGCAGCGCUUGACAUCCUACUCGAUGAUAAACCAGACAGCACGCUACAAGCAUCAUCCCCUCUCCAAUUCCUGAGCUCUCCCACUGCCAGCCUGCGGUCCCUGUACGAGUUUGUUUGCACGUCGCUAACCGAGACCAGCGAAACUACUUGGAAAUUUCCAGUGCUGAUCAUCGAUGAUUUGAGUGUCCUGCUCAGUCUGGGAGUAUCAACUGAGAACAUUCUCAACUUCAUGCAAUACUGCAGAGCUACUCUCUGCUCAAAGUUACAGGGGAACAUCGUGGUGUUGGUUCAUGACACGGAGGACUUGGGAGAUGAUGAGAAUGACGUUGUGGUCAAGUCACUGUGUUAUAUCUCCGACCUGAUCUUACACGCAGAAGCACUAGCCACCGGCCACUGUAAGGAUAUUCACGGUCAGCUGAAGAUCACUCACCGCACUCUCUCGCCCACGAAGACGGAGAAGAAUGUCACAGAUAUCUUUCAAUACAAAAUACAAGACAAAAACGUGGCCUUUUUUGCCAGGGGAACCUCAUCUGCUGUUCUCUAGACGAUUCUUGUGGAGUUGGGGUACAUGAUGGUGGAGCGUGAACCAUGCUGAACCGAGAUACUAGAAUAGGCGGCACCGUGGCGCAGCGGGUAGAGUCACUGCCUCACAGCGUCAGAGACCCAGGUUCAAUCCUGACUACGGGUGCUGUCUGUACGGAGCUUGCACGUUCUCCCCGUGACCGCAUGGGCUUUAUCCGGGUGCUCUGGUUCCCUCCAACACUCCGAAGGCGUGCAGGUUUGUAGGUUAAUUGGCUUUGGUAAAAAAAAACUUGUAAGUUGUCCCUAGUGUGUGUGUAUGAUAGUGCUCGUUUACGGGGUGAUCGCAGGUCAGCACGGACUCGAUGGGCCGAAGGGCCUGUUCCCAUGCUGCAUCUCUAAACUAAACUCAACCUGCUGAUUAAACUAUCCAUGUUCUCCACAGAUGCUGCCUGACCCGCUGAGUCACUCCAGCACUCUGUGAAACGUCACCUAUCCAUGUUCUCCACAGAUGCUGCCUGACCCGCUGAGUUACUCCAGCACUCUGUGAAACGUCACCUAUCCAUGUUCUCCACAGAUGCUGCCUGACCUGCUGAGUUACUCCAGCACUCUGUGAAACGUCACCUAUCCAUGUUCUCCACAGAUGCUGCCUGACCUGCUCAGUUACUCCAGCACUCUGUGAAACAUCACCUAUCCAUGUUCUCCGCAGAUGCUGCCUGACCCGCUGAGUUACUCCAGCACUCUGUGAAACGUCACCUAUCCAUGUUCUCCGCAGAUGCUGCCUGACCCGCUAAGUUACCUAAAUCCUUUGAAUGUCAUAGAUUCAAUAAUCCAUCCGUAACAGAGGGAGGCACGGUGGCGCAGCGGUAGAGCUGCUGCCUCACAGUGCCAGAGACCCGCGUUCGAUCCUGACCUCAGAUGCUGUCUGUGUGGAGUCUGCAUGUUUUCCAUGGGACCACGUGGGUUUCCCCCGGGUGCUCUGGUUUCCCUCCCACAUCCCAAAGACGUGCAAGAUUGCAGGUUAAUUGCUGCUGGCGUGUAGGGAGUGGAUGAGUACGUGGGAUAACCUGGAACUAGGGUGAUUGAUGGUCGGCGUGGACUCCUGUUAAUGGUUCAGUGCUAAUAUCUUGUCCCUGGAGGCCAUGUUGAGGCCACUUCCAUUUGCUGAGCAAAAUAUCCACUCUAUGUAGCAGCAGUGAUCGUUACUUCAAAUUGAUCAAUAGGAAAAUAUUUCCUGCGGUAUUUUUAGACUGUCAUCCAAACAGGGCUGUACAACACAGGUACAGGCCCUUCGGCCCACAAUUUCCAUGCUGGACAUAAUGCAAGUUGAAAUAACCUCCUCUGCCCAGUUAUCCAUACCCCUCCACUCCCUGCGCCUGUCUAGAGGCCUAAACACCACCAGUGUCUGCCUCCACCACCACCACCUCGUUAGUACGUUUCCAUGUUCCCACCGCUAAAUGUAUCUUGUGGUCGCUACUCCCGAAGUGUCCACCAGGGACUAUACUGGAUAUUAGCAGGGUCAAUAGACAAUAGGUGCAGGAGUCGGCCAUUCAGCCCUUCGAGCCAGCAACGCCAUUCAAUGUGAUCAUGUCUGAUCAUCCCCAAUCAGUACCCCGUUCCUGCCUUCUCCCCAUAUCCCCUGACUCCGCUAUUUUUAAGAGCCCUAUCUAGCUCUCUCUUGAAAGUAUCCAGAGAAGCUACCUCCACCGCCCUCUGAGGCAGAGCAUUCCACAGACUCACAAGUGUUUCCUUGUCUCCGUUCUGAAUGGCUUACCCCUUAUUCUCAAACUAUGGCCCCUGGUUCUGGACUCCCCCAACAUCGGGAACAUGUUUCCUGCUUCAUGUACAAAUCGCAAUUAAACACUAUCCCACAAGCACUAGGGGACAAUUUUCACAUUUACCAAGACAAUUAACCUACAAACCUGUACUUCUUUGGAGUGUGGGAGGAAACCGAAGUUCUCGGGGUGGGGGAAUCCCACAAAGGAGAAAUCUCAGAGAACUCCGUACAGACAGCACCCGUGGUCAGGAUGGAACCCGUGUCUCCGGCGCUGCAUUCGCUGUCAGGCAGCAACUCUACAGCGGCGCCAAAAUCUAGCUCCGCACACCUCCUCUCACCUUAAAUCCAGGCCCUUUAAUCUUUGAUGGUAAACACAAAACUCAGCGGGACAGGCAGCAUCUCUGGAGAGAAGGGAUGGGUGACGUUUCGGGUCGAGACCCUACCUUCAAUUGAAACCAUCAUCUGCAGUUCAUUCGCACACAUUUUGUCCGCCCCACCGCGAAAUCUCCUCAAGGUGUGUUUGUCUUCUUGAUGGGCCUGUCCCACUUGGGUGAUUAUUUAGACAACUACAGGGGACUAGUUGGUUGCCACAUGUUCGCCGGAUGUCACCGGGCGUGGUCUCCUCAGACGUGAAAAACGUUGUAGCGUCUUUCUGGUCACCGCUAAAUUUUCAACAUGUUGAAAAAAUGUUGGUGGUUGUGGGCCUGACGCCAAUGAGCGUAGCUUGACUUCUCCUGACGUAGGCGUUGUCGCCAGGAUGACGUAGGUUGCCGCCGGUUUUUCGGCGACCUGCUGCGACUAUGACAGUCACCGGCUGUUGCCUAAACAAUCGCCAAGUGGGACUGGCCCGUUAUUCUUUGACAUUUUUACUCUGGGAGAAAGUUUCCGACUUUCUACCCAAUCUGUGCCUCUUCUCAUCUUAUAUAUAUAUAUAUGUCUGUCACUUACUAUCUUCUUGCUACUCACUUCUGAUUGACUUGAUUGAAAGAUGCAGCAUGGAAACAGGCCCUUCAGCCCACUGCGCCCAUGCCGAGCUUUGAACUUUAGCCAAACUUUAUCUUGCACUAAAUCGGGAAUCAGGAAUAGAUCGGGUAGAUGCACAGAGCCUCUUGCCCAGAGUGGGGGAAUCGAGGACCAGAGGACAUCGGUUCAAGGUGAGGGGGAAAAAAUUUAAUGGGAAUCUGAAGGGUAGCUUUUUCUCACAGAGGGUGGUGGGUGUGUGGAACGAGCUGCCAGAGGAGGUAGUUGAGGCUGGGACUAUCCUGAUGUUUAAGAAACUGUUGGACAGGUACAUGGAUUGGAGGGAUAUGGACCAAACGCGCGCAGGUGGGACUAGUGUAGAUGCGACAUGUUGGCCGGUGUGGGCAAGUUGGGCUGAAGGGCCUGUUUCCACAAUGUAUCACUCUAUGACUCUAAAUGUUGUUGCCUUUAUCAAUUUAUUGUAAUCACACAGAUCCUUUUAUGGAAUAGCACACAAAAAGCUUUUCACUGUAACUCAGUACACGUGACAAUAAUAAACUGCACUAAAGCAAGCCGUCAUUUUCCCGUUCACACCAGUUCGAUGUUACCCCACUUUCUCAUCCACUCCCUACACACUAGGGGGGCAAUUUACAGAGGGGCCGAUUAACCUACAAACCCGCACGUCUUUGGGAUGUGGGAGGAGACCGGAGCACUCGGAGGAAACCCACGCGGUCACAGGGAGAACGUGCAAACUCCGCACAGACAGCAUUGUGUCGUGAGGCAGCAGCUCCACCAGCUGUGCUUCUGUGCCGACCAUUUCAUUCAUACUUUCCCGUAAAGAUGUCUUCUGCAUAAUUGUCUCUUGUAUAUGUAAGUUAUCGGUUUUUUUUUGUAUUUUAUAGAAAGGAAAUAAAUCAAUUUGCUGUGACAA